AUGGUCUAUCCUUUCAAUGAUGAGCAGUGGCGUAGAGCUUCUGGCUCCGUUACCUCAUCUGGGUGGACUGGUACAGAGAAUGACGAUUAUCUAUGUCACUACUCCUCUGCAGAAGGGACGAGUCUGGGUUCGGACCUCCCACAACAGGAUUCCGGAUGGAUCAAUCCCGAGCUCAAUCACCGAGCGGCGGAACCUCCACAGCGAUUCGCGAGUGAUCUGGAUGGUAUCGAUCUGAAAUAUUACCUUCCGGAUGAAAAUAUCCCUCAAAACCUAGAAGAGGAUCUAGGAAGUUCGAUCAUCACUCAAAGAGCAGCAGAUGAUAAAGGAGAUGAGAGCAAUACCCUGCAGCCUUCACAACCAGUCCAAACGCUUCCGAAGGGGAUUGAUCGGGCCACAAUGGGGAUACCAAGUUCCGACCCUUUUGCUCUACAACCUUCGCUUGAUGGUGUCAUGUCUCAGGUGGUUGAUGCCUACAGAGCUCUCACCUCUGGCCAGUCAAGUCCUGAGCAAGUUCCUCAAGCAUUGCAGAACCUUGAAACGAUCAAAAACUUCUUUCAUACAAAGCUUCCAGCACCUCCCAUCUCACCAAAUGGAUCUGCUGAACCAGAAAGCGAAUUGUUCCGAUGCUGGCAAUGUAAUCCGAAGCAAAGAACAAUCUAUCCAAAAUUUGCUGUAUUUAGGAGACACUUGACUGGGCAUGGUAUACUCGAGUGCGAGUGGCUCUGCAAUGAGCAUCCCUGCACUGUAAGAAUCCGCCGGCGGGAUAGGAUGCUUGACCAUCUUAUUCGCAAACACAAUAGAGUCGGUGUGCCCCGAGCUGAUGUGGAUGCAAUGCAAGUGAAAUACGCCCCUCCAGCUAAAUGUCCUAUCUGUUCCGACAUAACACCUUCUUGGCGUGUCUUUUUCAAACAUAUCAGGGACCACUGUCUUGUUUCCCCUGGCUCGGGGAAUGCCUCUACCAACGGCGAUCAGUCUCGUCGCGAUGACAACAAUGGCGGCAAUGGUGGAGGUGGCAAUGGUCAUAACCCUUUUGUGGCUGGGCCCAGCAAUCCGAACAGAGAACCGUCCAACCAAUUCAAUAACUGGAUCGGGAGUGCUCCUUACUCUAGCACGAUCUUUGGAGACUUCGCGAGCAGGAGCAAUGCGCAGCCUGGUCCCAUAUUGCAGUCUGUUUCUGAUGAUCAAGUCAACAACGUCUACAACCAAAGACCCAACAAUGUCAUUGGAGAACACUCAGCGGGUGACAUGCCUCUCUCGCCUUUUCAACCAACGGCUCACUUCCCCAGAGGAGCCGGUGGACAGCCCCAAUCCCAGCCUCCACAAAACCCUAGGAUGCCACGAUCCAAUCCUUCGAUCAAGCGCAAGCGGUCGGACAAACAGAAAGAGCCAACAAAGGAGAAGGCUCCUGACCCGAACAAAUGCCGACGAUGCAAACAUCCCAUGGCCACAUGUCAACUGUGCAAAUCGGUUCGUGGUUGCCACGAAUGUGGUGACAUGUCUAGGGGUGGUAUCCAAGGUAGAACUUCCUCAACUAUGCCUGCGCCAGCUCUCCCAGAUCCAUCUCCUGCCAUCUACAAUUUGGACGAGUCCUACCUUAACCCAUUGGCGAGCUUUGAAAUGCCCCAAAACAUGCCCACUCAGCCAUCUACUUAUUACGAUCACAAUGAAAUGAUGCAAUUCGCGGACCUGCGAUCAUAUGGUGGCAUGCCCGACGCAUUCAUGGGAACAUCAAACCCCGAUGACAGUUUUAUGAUGGUGGCAGCGAUCCCCGCAAGCCACCCAACCCUGAGUGAUCUCGGCGGCAAGGUUCAAGAGUCGUUUGUUUCCGAAAGUGAUACUAGGUUACUUCGCAGCAUUGGACUUGGCAGAUCGGAUGACUCGCAUUCUAUCAAAGGACAAGCCAAAGAAAUGAGAGAAAAAGCCUUCGGUGGCCCGGAGGCUCCAGGCCUACACACAGACCUAGCUUUUAGAACCAAAAGUUCUUCGGUCACUCUAGAAAACCCCCAACUGGUGUCUCCCUGCCAAUCUUCCGGUCUGAUAGUACCCACCGUGCAUUACAAAGCCCACACAAGCUUGCAACUAUCACAAAACGAACGAGUCGAAAUGUCAUUCCAGAUGACCCCGGAGCGUGGAUCCAGCAGCCAUCCCCUUCGCACGCGGGUGCGAGUCUUCGUGAAGCUAUUCACACUUCGCGCAUCGGCAGCACGGUCAAAGUACAAGGAAAGGGCUGGCGAAAUUACUUCUGAAACCAUGUCCGACGAUGAUUCUGAGUCCGAUUCUGAUCUUGAUUCUGACCAAGUGCUUACUCUCACAUCGUCUUCCGGUUUCGAAAUCCCUCUUCAGCUCUACUGGACUGAGGACGUGGAAGACCAGUCACUCGGUUUUGACAUCAAGUGGAUAUUACUGAAGUUAGCUCAGUGGACUAGCUGCAUGGAUGCCGAUACGUGCCACGACCUACUCCCUUCUGACACCAGCUAUGCGCUGGAAUUGAUAACUAUCUACAUUCUGUACAUGCUCAAGGUUUCUUGGUUGUCGGCGGGUCGCAAAGGGUUGAAUCGAUUUUUGAUCAUCUAA